GAAAAAGAGUCUCGUCAUCCCUAUCAGUGCCAAAUGCAAAUGCAGUAUGAAAACUGUAUACCCGACCGUUUUCCGGCCCAGAUGACCUCCCCGAUGCAUAAUAUGUGCACCCGUCAACCAGAAGAGACUGAGAUGAACAACCAUUCCGAACGUUGUUCCAUCUCAACCGCAUGCGGACGGUUCGAGUCGGUCUCCCCCAUAGAUGACCACGAUGCAACGGACGAUGACAUGACAUUUUGCAUGUCAAACUACGCCAAGGAAGCUCUAAAGAUGAUGUUCAUGAUGCGCUCACACGGCAUGCUCACAGAUGUCGUGCUGGAGGUAAAAAAGGAGCUCUUUCCCGCCCACAAAGUAGUGUUGUCCGCAGCAUCGCCUUAUUUCAAAGCUAUGUUUACUGGUGGUCUGAAGGAGUCAGAGAUGUCGCGCGUGCAGCUUCAGGGGGUUUGUCCCACAGCAAUGUCGCGAAUUUUGUAUUUUAUGUACACCGGACAAAUUCGAGUAACCGAAGUAACUGUUUGCCAACUGCUGCCUGCAGCGACCAUGUUCCAAGUGCCAAAUGUAAUUGAUGCAUGCUGUGCCUUCUUAGAAAGACAAUUGGACCCAACAAACGCUAUCGGCAUUGCAAACUUUGCGGAACAGCACGGGUGUGUGGAGCUUCAAAAGAAAGCCAACAUAUUUAUUGAAAGGAACUUCACUCAGGUCUGUCAAGAGGAGGAAUUUCUACAGCUUUCGGCAUAUCAACUCAUUGCCCUCAUUCGAAGAGACGAGUUAAACGUGCAGGAGGAACGCGAGGUUUACAAUGCUGUUCUUAAGUGGGUAAAGUACGACGAAGACAAUCGGCACUGCAAGAUGGAACACAUAUUGGGAGCCGUCCGAUGCCAGUUCCUAACGCCCAACUUCCUCAAGGAGCAAAUGAAGAAUUGCGAUGUGCUACGCAAAGUCCCGGCGUGUCGCGAGUAUCUUGCAAAGAUCUUCAAAGACCUAACGCUGCACAAGUGCCCUGGAGUAAAGGAGCGUACACCGAACACGACGCGUAUGAUAUUCGUCGCGGGCGGUUUCUUUCGACACUCUCUGGACAUACUGGAGGCUUAUAAUGUGGACGACAAGACGUGGACUACAUUGCCGAACUUGCGGAUUCCACGAUCCGGCCUUGGCGCAGCAUUUCUUAAGGGAAAGUUCUAUGCAGUCGGUGGCCGAAACAACAACAUGUGCUCAUCCUACGACUCCGACUGGGUAGAUCGUUAUAGUGCCAUCAGCGAGACUUGGCGUCCGUGCUCGCCAAUGUCCGUACCGCGUCAUCGUGUGGGUGUAGCAGUUAUGGACGAGCUGAUGUAUGCUGUGGGGGGCUCCGCAGGCAUGGAGUAUCAUAACACAGUGGAAUACUAUGACCCAGACCUCGAUCGAUGGACGCUUGUUCAGCCAAUGCAUUCGAAACGGUUGGGUGUGGGCGUAGUAGUAGUCAAUCGCCUGCUUUAUGCGAUCGGCGGUUUCGAUGGUAACGAGCGAUUGACCAGUGUUGAAUGUUAUCAUCCGGAAAACAACGAAUGGAGUUUCUUGCCGCCUCUGCAAACCGGUCGCAGUGGAGCGGGUGUGGCUGCUAUUAAUCAGUUCAUUUACGUAGUUGGUGGCUUUGAUGGUACUCGGCAAUUGGCCACCGUAGAACGCUAUGAUACCGAAAAUGAGACCUGGGAUAUGGUUGCACCCAUACAAAUUGCCCGCAGUGCACUAUCCCUAACACCUCUCGAUGGAAAACUGUACGCUAUUGGUGGUUUCGAUGGCAAUAACUUUUUAUCCAUCGUUGAGGUAUACGAUCCUCGCACAAACACGUGGGUAAAGGGUACGCCGCUGAAGUCGGGUCGGUCUGGUCACGCGUCGGCUGUUAUUUAUCAACCUGCAUGUGCCAAUUCAUUUAUGGACUACGAGGAAAGCGAGACGCCAAGGCGGGAUGGCAGUAACGACGACACGGAAAGGGACUUAUCACGAGAUCCAUGCGGAAGUCAAAGUCCGCACUUUGCAGAGAACACACCCAUGCAAUUCCAUACGUCAUUUGGAAUGAGCGGUUGUCACAAUUGUGAGUCGGAAAUAGAAGUCACAAAAGCCGUCGCUGCAGAAACGCCAGACUAUCGAAAUUCCGGUAUUGACAAACAGGAGCAACGGAAACCAAUAUUCUGGGGACCAAUAAAACAGUGUAAAUCUCGGGGAAAGUCACCGGCGCCUUGGCCAGACCCUGGAGGUACGACAACAACAUCCUCGCCCAUUAAGGAUGAUAAAACGAGAACGAGAUGUAUACUCAGUCCAGUACGUACAGCAGCGAAAGCUUUACACAACACAAUUGAAGGGCGACUUCGUAAGCUCGCAGCAGCCACAUGACAAUGAGAAUCCGAACCGCAUAGCCAAAACCAAAAUCAAUAUUCAUUGUACAAAGAUAAUUUUGUAUCACUUAGAAUUCCAUUUUGAAAAGCAUUCCAUUGAAACAUUGAGUAUGCGCGGAUUCAGGUAUGGUAUGUAGUUUUUUGCAUAUUAAUGAGUGCACAAGACUAUUCACACAUAUGUUCGCUAAGUGAUAUUUAUGUUUUAUGGCAUCCAUAACAUUAACGGCGUAUGGCAGCCCAUUGUUUUAAGAUUGAUUAGGAUUUUUAACUAAGCUAUAAUACCGUAUUUUAUACAUUUGUAUGUUUAAUGGCCUAGUUUAAUUUUACAUAUAUGUACAUAUGUAUGUACAAGUUACGAAAAAAAAAACAUCCUCCCAUUACAAUUAAUAGACAAGGUUAACAAUGUACAUUUAAUAAAAAAGCACUCCACAAUGAAAUGGAGUUUGAAACCAUGGUACCGCAUGGCACAAUGCA